AUGCCUACAUACAGCAGCCACAGUUCGUUCCACAGGGGCGAUUACGGCUCGACUGUGAACUCGAACAAGCUCCACAAGAUUAUUGUUGGCGUGGACUAUGGAACGACUUUCACUGGUGUUAGUUACGUCGACUCCACAAAGAAGUCAAUCGAAGACAUAAAUGUGAUCCGCACAUGGCCCGGCCCAGUCAGAGAAGCCGACGAGACGUGGAAGACCCCUUCACGCAUUGCCUACGGUUCCGAGAACCCUUCCUACGAUGGCAACGGAAUAAAAUGGGGCUACAUGGUGACACCGAGGAUGAAGAGCUACACAUGGACCAAGCUGCUUCUUGAUCCCAAGAGACAAGCAUACGGGCCCGCCGAUGACGACUUGGAUAUCAUUGAGGGAAACGGCCUGAUGCGUAUCCCUGAUUUCAAGCUGCGUGCUCGAGAGGUGUGCUCAGACUAUCUUAAAGAGAUCUAUAGAUACACGCUAUCCAUCCUCGAGCAACGCUUCACCCCAGAACUCAUGCGGGUCACUGCGUUGGAGUUCUGGUUCACGGUCCCGGCCAUCUGGUCCGACAAAGCGAAGAACGAAACGCAUAUCGCUGCCUCCCUCGCAGGCUUCGGGACCCGAGCCGGCGACUCAAUAUCCAUGAUUCCGGAGCCAGAAGCUGCGGCUGUUGCCACUCUGAGCUCGUUGGCGAAGGACGAACAUGGUACGGAACUCAAGGUCGGCGAUGGGAUCCUAGUCUGUGAUUGUGGAGGUGGUACUGUUGAUAUAGUCACCUACAGGAUUAUCCAGGUCAAACCGGAGCUUCGUUUUGAGGAACUACUGGUGGGCACUGGAGAUAAAUGUGGAUCGACUUACAUUGAUCGCGAAUUCCACAAAUGGAUGCUGCAAACCUUCGGAAGGGCAUUUGAAAAAGUCAAGUUCGAAAAGAAGGGACCAGGAAGUCGGUUCAUGAAAGACUUUGAAGCUCAUAAGCGGGACUUUGCUGUGAACUCUUCUGACCAGAAGUUUGAGGUUGAGCUCGUGAUGAAUGCCCCUGACGCUGAGCACUAUGACUCUGAUAACAGCAUGGUCAUUUUCAAGAAAGCCGAGAUGGAGUCGUUUUUCAAACCCGUUACGGCCAAAAUCGAAGACCUAUUGAACGACCAGCUCAAACAGCUUGGAGACGAUGCCCGUUCAAUAAUCAAAAAAAUUGUCCUCGUGGGAGGCUUCGGCGACUCACGAUACUUGGAAACAGUCUUACGAAGCUGGUGCCUCCGACGAGGCGGGAUAACCCUCCUCUGUCCCGAAAACCCACAAGCAAGCGUCGUCAAAGGUGCAGCACUCCGAGGGUUAAUUGGUACAAAGCCCGAGAAGCGAAAAUGCCGUCUCCACUACGGCUUCCAACUACACCUACCCUUCCGCAACUCCAUCGACCCGGAGAGUCAUGCCUGGAUCUGGGAGUGGGAUGGCAGUAAGCGUUGCAAGAAUCGCAUGAGGUGGCUUGUUGAAAAGGGCAAAGCAAUCACAAAAGAAACCCGCAUCCCCUACGAAUUAUGCCGGGUUUAUUACCCCAGCAGCAGCUUGAGCUACUCCGUUGACCUGUAUACCUGCGAAGACGACGUUGCGCCACAGUGGCUACAGCCGCAAACCUGCGUCCAAGUCGGAACAUUGCAUUACUCGCUUUCUGAGCACCAAUUAUCCCGAUUCAAGACGAAGAAAGAUGAUGCCGGGAAGAAGAUGUAUCUCCUGGAAUAUAACAUUCAGGUCGAGAUGUUUGCGGAUAAGGGGUUGUUGCAGUUCAGGAUGAUGGGCACUGAUGGAACGGAGAUUGGGAAGACAAAUAUUGAGUAUCGCUAG